AUGAGUGCUUCAGGGCAACAUGGCAAGCCAGAGGGCGAAAUGUUCUUGAAUCGUCCCUCGAACCGCACCUCGCCCACGAUUGUCGAACCACUGCGCAUCAACAAGAGGAAUUCCAGCGUCCCUUCUGUCACCGGCAAACAAAGUCCUGCUCCCCAACAGCCGCCUCCAAAUACAAUUGUCUACCCUGCGCCAUCCCUGCCCUACCCUGAUGACUCGUCCAGGCAGCAACCUCAGUCCUCACGACCCAACGGCUCGCCCGCACCCUAUCCAUAUCCAGAUGUGAGAAGAGUAACAUCCCCAGAACAAGCUGGGAGUUCUGGAAGCGGACCACGACAACAGGCGAAGAGGACGACGUCAGGAGACGGGCGGCCCGUACAAACCCUUGCUGAACGCCGGGGGACUAUUCCAAAACCUUUGCCCGAAUCACCAGGCCCAGAUGCUCCAGAUAAGGAAGGACUCUUCCAGCGUCCACCCCAACGUGGGGACGGUCCUUUAACGGCGCCUUUGCCCGGCACACAGAAUCAGAGCCAACAGCAAUAUUGGCCGCCUCCAACAGCCUCAUCUGCAGCGGACGCCCUGAACAGAUUGAAAAUUCGAGAUCCCUCCUCGAUUAAUCGAAUAAGCUCCACCGCGUCGACGUCGACCACGAGAGCUCAGCGGGGAUCGCCUCCUCCCCCCGAAACCCCGAUCGUGGGUCCCGGUGCACGGCCCCAGACAGACAUAGAAGCCCGUUAUGCAGCCUCUGGCAUCGCCGGUACUGCGACUUUGACAAGUUUACAAGCGCAAAGUGUGGCCGCACAGCAAAGAGCAGCCCAAUAUGGAGGACCAAGCCAACCAACACUGGCGCAAACGAAUGAGCCACCCAGACGUCCAUGGACCCCUACCGAAGUGCCUGGCAGCACUUCGCAUCCUAUUCCAACAGUCUACCAGGGGACGGCUGAGGUACGGUCUUCACCUCCCACGGCCACCACGACGCCGGCAGGGCCUCAGCCAACUUCUCUCCACUCUCCCCAGCGAGCUCGGCACCCUAUUGAGAGCGAAAUAUCCAGAGUGCAACCCCAUGAAGAACCUCCGCCCGCCUAUUCUCAAGUUUCCGGAGGAGCAAAUGCGAACCGCAACCCUAUUGAAAAGCAGAGACGGAGUAUUGUCGGGACAGGCGCACCCACAGCUGGAGCACCGAAUCCAACAACAGCCACAGCAAACACAAGGCCUGGCACCCAGAUGCCAAAUCAUUCAGAUCAUCCUGCGUUUGCAAACGAUCCACGACAGAACGCCCACAGUCCUGUCACCCAGUCAAAUGCAAAUGGUCAAAUGCCCCACUCACAGCCUGCAAUGCCUCAUACUCCCUCGCAGAUACCCCCUGCGUCUCCUCCGCCGCUUCCAGAGGGAUGGAUAGCGCACAUGGAUCCCAACUCUGGACAGUAUUACUAUAUCCAUCUGCCGACGCAAUCAACUCAAUGGGAAUUUCCCAAGGGUCCAACUCCCCUCAACUUGAACGACACUCCACUAUCACCAGUGGCUAGUAUCUACCAGAAUCCCUUGACCUCUCCGGGACUCUCCUUUGCCCAAAAGCCACUGGCCUCUCCCGGACUCCCAUUGACCCCAGGAUACGACCAACAAAGCGUUAUGAGCCUGGCGAGCCCUGCAGCCUUUACGGGUCCACCGCCGAGCAGUGGCGUUGAUCUAUACAAAGUGGUUGCUACAAAUGGCGUUUACUUUGGUCCUUACCUCCGCUACACCAACAUGGACAUUGAUAGUGGUAUCUGGUAUGGCUCCAUCCUUUUAGUCUCAGACGCGCCGCAACCUCCGACCAUCCACAUACACCAGAGCCUCGAUUUGUCUCCGAAUCCACGCCAACUGAAAGCAGCCAACAUUGCUGCUCAUCAGCGUUGGACCUUUUACAAGUAUGAGAUUGACCUGCCUAUGGAGGAGUCUGAACCAGCUAAAUGGACAUACGCAAUCACGUCACACCUUGGUUGCACCCGCUAUGAGUUCUUGGUCGCCGGUAAACACGAGACCAAUUGGCGAUUUAUUGCUACAUCUGGAAAUGACUUUUCGUUGAACGUCGGCGCCAAUGAACGCGCAAGGCUGGGAGGUGUCGGCUUCAUGUGGAAGGACAUUAUGCAGAAACAUGCUGAGUGCGGAGGGUUUCAUUGUCAACUUGGUCUGGGAAGCCAAAUUUUUGCCGACAGACUAUGGAAAGAGAUACCACUACUCAAACAGUGGUUAGCUACAAGUGGUAAGGAGAACAGGAAGAGCGCUGUCUGGACUGCAGCACAUGAGGAGGAAGUGACACACGCAUACUUUCAUUAUUACACGAGCCAUUUCGACCAGCCUUAUUUACGCGAAGCCUUUGCCCAGAUACCUCAUGUUUCGACGAUUGAUGACCACGAUAUAUUUGAUGGAUUUGGGUCUUACCCUGAAUAUAUGCAAUUCAGCAACAUGUUUAAGAAUAUCGGGCGUAUCGGUAUUGAAAUGUACCUGCUUUUCCAGCAUCAUACAACCUUGGAACUUCUCCGCAAUGUCUCUGAUGACCGAGAUUUGUUCACCAUCACGGGGACUGGGUGGCAUUUUGUGAAGUUCUUGGGUCCGGCCGUUGCUAUUGUAGGCCCAGAUACACGAAGCGAACGAAAUUCCCAUCAAGUUAUGGCCGGUCCAACUUAUCAAGGUCUUUUCCCUAAGAUUGCAUUACUCCCGCCAACCAUCCAGCAUUGCAUCUUGAUGAUCCCGGUCCCUUUGAUCUAUCCAAGACUUGAUGCUGCAGAGCAAAUUGCUCAUACCGUGGCCACGGGCAAGAAAGCAGUUACAGGAGCCUAUAAUGUCCUCGGAAAGGUCACAAGCUCCGUUGCAGGCGUUGUCGGGGCCAAAGGCGCCGUUGGAUCAGGAUUCGACUCUGUGAAACGCGCCGUCGGGAAGUCGGGAUUGAUGGGAGGCAUUCUGAGUCCAUUUGGGGACAUCGAUGUCCUCGACGAACUAAAGGACCAGUGGACGCAUGAGUCCAAGGACCUGGAACGCACCUAUCUCAUUCGUACGCUCCAAGGCAUCUCUCACCAGAGAUCAAUUCGCUUCACCUUCAUCUCGGGCGCGGUAAACACGUGCGGCGCUGGUCUGGUCCAUGAUCCUUCACAUCCAUCUGAUCACAAAACAAUGUAUCAGCUGAUCACAUCGUCGGUCGUGAACACUCCUCCACCGGCAUACCUCAUGAAAUUGCUCAAUAACAACAAGCCACUCUACAUUCCCGCCAACGGUCAAAGAUCAACGCCCUCACAGCCUACCGACACCAAGGAAGAUAUGAUGGAGAUAUUCACGCACGAUGUCACUGGUCAGCCCAUCACCAACCGCAAGUUGAUGCCUCGGAGGAAUUAUCUCGCGGUGGUGAUAUAUGAUCCCGAGGUGGUGAACGGGACCUUCGGGCAGACGGGCAUGCACCGGGGCUCGGGUAAGGUGAGCCUAGCCGCCGAUUUUCUGAUCCAGGGCGAAGGUGCGUACGGAAAUGUGGUCAAGUAUGGGCCUGUUGUUGUACCGAGCUUGGAAUAUGGGCGCUGA